AGGGACGUUGACAUGUUCACUCCGUUUUGACGGCUUUGGGUUCUUUCCACUAAUUUUCCUGAUUCCACGUUGCUUGAUAUAUUACUUGCUUCAUACGCAUAUUCCAAAUCCAAUCCAACGCCAACAAGGAUUCUUUCCCUCUUAACUCUUCUUUCUUUCUGAUAUAAACCCUACCUGAACUCUUCCUCCCCAUCUCCUUCAAAAUCAUCACCCAUCCCACAAACCCUUUUCUUCUCUCUGUUCUGGCCUGUUUAUAUUAUCUGAUCCUAAAGUUAGUUUGCGAGUUUUCGUUCGUGCAAGGAUGAAUUCGAUGUUUAGUUCCUUCGAUGCGUUCUGUGCCGAACUGUUGGGCCAGAAGAUGGUGAAGCCCUCUUUUCCUUCCAUGAAUGAUCUCAUGCAGAAGAAGAAGAUCAACAACAAUAAUCUGAACCAGUCCAGGGUCGUCGGGGAGGAGAAGGCUGCGGAUUAUGCGAAUUGCAAGAGAAGGGAACAAGGGGAUUCUUCUUCUUCUUCGUCGGCGGCGAGGGGCCGGAGCGGGAGGGAGGUCAAGAAGGCACAGCCUCGGUUCGCGCCGGAGCUGGAUGGCCUGCACUGCUUCGAAACCCUCGUUUCUUAUUGACGAUUCUUUCUUUUUCAAGAUUUCUACAUGAAAUUCUUUAAUUCGAAGGAAAUUGCUGGGACUGUACUAGGAUAUUUUUAGCCGGAAAAAAAAUAUUUGCGCUAACAAUUAGUAAUUUCAAUGGUUUAAUUUUAUUGACGUUGAGUUUAAUUUCAGGAGUUCGUUUCUUUUAAUUUUUUCAUGGGCUCUGUUUUACAGCUGCUUGCAGCUAACUAUAUGUGAUAUCAAGGGUUUAACUUUCUCGAUGCUGAGUUUAAUUUCAGGAGUUCUUAUUUUAUUUUUCA